UCGUUAUGGGCAGUUUGCCUUUAACUUAGUCAGUACUCAAGUCGACGUUCCCCCGUCUAGCAGCAGUUACAGAAAAUACCCCAAAAUGGCCAAGAUUGCAGUGAUCUUCGUUCUCUUCGCCCUGUGCUCGGUGGCCAUGUCCGCCCGCAUCACUCGUGAGGAGCCAAAUGCCUUCCAGCCUCUUCUUGACAGUCUAAAGGCAAUCACAGACGCUGCACAACAAUUUGUGAAUGACCCAAAAACCCAGGCUCAAGUGAAGACUCUUGAGGACAAAGCUCAGGAACUUCUUAAGAAGGGUGGCGAACAGUUCCAGCAAGCAGCCGGAGAAUUCCAAGGUAACCUUCAGGAACUUGCUAAGAAUAGCGAAGGAACCUUCAAAGAGCUCACCGAAACUGCCAAGAAGGCCUUUGACGAUUUGACCAAGAACAAGAAGAACUAAAGCUCUGUAAAAUGGUGAUUUAAUCGAUCAUCUCAAAAGUACCAAAUAAAUGAUAAAACUUUAAA